UUUUUGUUGGUAAACACCACGUCCGCUCACGGAAAUCAACGCAAUACAACACAACACAACACCACAGCACAGUAACCCUGUUGCUCUCUCUUCAAACCAACCCAAACAGUGAACCAUGGCGUUGGCUCAAUCCUUCAAGCUCCUCUCGGGACACGAGAUCCCAGCAGUUGGCCUGGGAACCUGGCAAUCCAAGCCCAACGAGGUCAAGAACGCCGUUGAGCACGCUCUGAAGUCCGGGUACCGCCACAUCGACGCCGCCGCCGUCUACGACAACGAGAAAGAGGUCGGCGAGGGCGUCAAGGCCUCGGGCGUACCGAGAAAAGACAUCUUUAUCACCAGCAAGCUCUGGAACACCCACCACAAGGCCGAGGACGUCGAGACGGCGCUCGACAUCACCCUCAAGGACCUGCAGACCGACUACGUUGACCUGUACCUGAUUCACUGGCCCGUCUCGUUCAACAAGAAGGACGACGCCACCCGCUUCCCGCUGCACCCCGUGACCGAGGCCGUCGACGUCAUUGACGUGCCCGUUGAGGAGACGUGGAAGGCCCUCGAGGCCCUCGUCAAGAAGGGCAAGAUCCGCACCAUCGGCGUCUCCAACUUCACCAAGGAGAAGAUCGAGGCCCUGUGGGAGACGGCCGAGAUCAAGCCGGCCGUGAACCAGAUCGAGGCGCACCCGUACCUGCAGCAGCCCGAACUGCUGGCCUGGUCCAAGGAGAAGGGUAUCGUGGUCACGGCGUACAGCCCCCUCGCCAACAACAUCUACAACCUUCCUCGUGCCGUCGACGACUCCACCAUCGCCGAGCUUGCCAAGUCGUUGGGCAAGGAGCCGGCCCAGCUCAUCAUCAGCUGGUCCGUCCAGAGGGGCACCGUCGUGCUCCCCAAGUCCGUGACGCCCUCGAGAAUCGAGAAGAACUUUGAAGUAUUCGAGCUGCCCAAGGACGUGUUCGAGAAGAUCAACGCCCUCGACAGGAAGCACCGCUACAACUUCCCGGCCCGCCUCGGCGUCGACAUCUUUGGCGAGUCGGACCCGGAGACGCUCAAGAAGGCGGUCGAGACGUGGGUGGCACAGCAGAAGAAGAUCAGGGCGGGCCAGGCAUAGGCAUAGAAUAGAACCGGGUUGAUGAUGACUACACGCACGUAGGGGAUAUGGGAUGUCUGGUAAUCAGAAGCACAUACAGAUACACACGGGUCGUUGAUAGAACCUGGAGAUAGAACAAUGGAAUUUCAUGAACCCACC